AUGAAUUAUUUAAAUACAAAUAAUUUUAUAUUUGUUUUUCGUAGUCAUUUUGAGGCGGGUUCACAGUCACGUUAUGAAUUAGGCAAAACAAACAAACUGAUGAAAUAUCUGAUAAAAAUGUCACAAAUCAGAUUUGUUGCUUUACCAAAUAAACAUCAAAAUAUUAUUUCAAAAAUUUCAGGACUAUUUACAACAUUGAAUAUUCCAAUUUUAGUUAUUGUUUAG